UGAAUUGUGUCAAAUAAGAUGUCAAAAUCAUAAAACUGUUUAUUCCACACUCACGAAUAUCGAUCUAACUAUAAUUCUGCGGUGAAUUGAAAUUGUUCACUGGAUCUCACCUACAAAGUAGGUAAACCCGCUGAGAAGCGAGUUAAUCAACGCCACCCUCGUAGGAUGCACUUCGAACGUCUUGCUAAUAUCCGUCAAGAAAAUCCCGAACGUGUAGGUGGUCCCGUCGAUGAUGAAAUAGCAGAUAAAGGCGACUGCCACCACAACCCACCCCCAGCCGCCGUCCGGAGGAAUAACGACGUAGUUCUCGGCCACAUUAUCGUCGGUGGCGGGUAAGAUGACUGACCGCGUGGGAAUAGUGCGCAUGACCGAAUGAGCAGCCACGGAGACGGACCUGGUGGUUCUGACGGUCGGAGGAGGGUUCCGCAUCGCGGUGAUUGUUCGGUGUCACGGGUAUGUCACGAUACUGGGUCUGACAGUGACAGGGAGAGCCAGAACGAAUUAGAGCCUAGCCAUAGCACCACUAUACGAGAAAUAUUGCCACGGCAGCUAGUGAUGAAGAGCGUAUGAAAAUGUUUUGUAGUUCGCUUUGUCAAUAGAGUAGUGUUCCUUCCUCCGAACGAAAGACCGGGGUUCGAAUCACUACUUUCAGGUACCCGCAACCCAAAGAAGCCACGCACAAGAUACGCGGAAGACACGACCUGCUGGAGCGCUUCUUCGGUGGUCCCUUGGACCAGGAGCUGCUCGUGGUCAAGAGCUUCUACUUCUUCUUCUACUCGGCCUUCGGGUCGCUCUUCCCGCUGAUGGGCGUCUACUUCAAGCAAAUGGGCAUGAACGCCGCCCAAGGCGGCUUCCUCAUCGGCUGCAGGCCCUUCGUCGAAUUCCUGUCGGCGCCCUUCUGGGGCACCAUGGCUGACAGAUGGCAGAAGGGCAAGCUCCUGCUGUUGGCAUCCAUAGCCUGCUGGAUUGUCUUCACGGUGCCGCUGGGCUCGAUCCAGCCACCACCCUCGGCCUGCAUGGUCAUGAGGAACAACUCGGCGGUGCUGACCACGCCCAAGUUGGGCGUGCGACCGAUCAGAAGGCCCAUAGACGAUGAUGGGACCGAGGAGGUGCUCAGCUAUGUGGAUGAGUAUGCCAGACAAUCCAAAAGACUCAAUCUACCGACCCUUAAUGCCGGCCAAUCCCCGAUCACCGUCAAGUACGCUUCGAACUACGACGCCGAGCAGCAGGCCAACCUCGUCCAGCCCAUCAUCUCGUCCAUCGUGUACCACACGCAGGACAUCCAGAAGGCCUUCUUCCUGCUGCUGCUGCUCGUCGUCAUCGGGGAGUUCUUCAGCGCCCCGGCAAUCACUCUGGCGGAUUCGGCGGUGCUGACGCUGCUCGGAGAGGACUCGGACACGUACAGCCAUCAGCGCAUGUUUGGGUCCCUUGGCUGGGGCCUCGCCAUGUUCUUCGUCGGUAUCGCACUCGACCACUCGACUGCCUUCCCCCACCACCCAUGCGGUCCCGACGAGAAAGAGAAGAACUACACGAUCUGCUUUGCCACGUUUUCGGUGCUGAUGGGCGCCGCGCUCAUCAGCGCCACGCAGAUUUCCUUCAAGUACGAAGCGCCCGAGGAGGAGGGAAAGACGGCGGAGGAGGGGAAGAUAGCGGGGAUGAUGACGGAGGAGGACAGAAUGCAGGCGCAGCUGGCCGAGCAGCUGGAUUUGCCGUCGCUGAAAGAUACGCGGGCGUCGGAUGUGCACUCGGUUAGCAAGGAGCAGAAGUCCAAGAUCUUCGCCCAGACGACCAGAGAGAUGCCCGAAUGGGUGACGGUGAUGCGGCACUACAAGAACCUCAAGUGCGCCUCCUUCCUCUUCGUCGCCUGGUUUAUGGGCUUUGGCAUCGGCAUGAUCUUCACCUUCCUCUUCUGGCACCUGCAGGAUUAUGGGGGUUCGCCCACCCUUUUCGGCGUCGCUUCGGUCAUCAACCACAUCUCCGAGAUGUUCGCGUACUUCUUCAGCUUCAGGCUGAUCAGGCAGAUGGGACACGUGAAGGUGCUUUGUUUGGGGCUAAUCGGGAACACGCUGAGGUUCCUGUAUAUAUCGUGGUUGACGAAUCCGUGGUGGGUGUUGCCCUUCGAAUUCAUGCAGGGCAUCACGCACGCGGCCGUGUGGGCAGCCUGCUGCUCCUACAUCGCCCACAAUACGCCCGUCGAGCUGCGCUCGUCCGCCCAGGGCGUAUUGCAGGGCAUCCACCACGGUCUGGGCCGAGGGUGCGGCGCCAUCGUGGGCGGUAUGCUGGUCAACGCUUUCGGGUCCACGACCACCUUCCGGGGGUACGGCAUCGCCUGUCUACUGGUGCUUGCUGCCUUCAUCUUCAUCAACUUCUACCGAGCCGACCAGGGCUUCGUACGCGACCUGCCACAGACCGAGGACCCGCGCCAGGUGGCAGAGGAGACCUCACACCUGGCGCCCCACGGCGUGCCCAGCAACCCGCUGCCACGAGCCCUCUCCAGCAACAAGCUGCACGAGCUGGCGCAGCAGCAGGAGGGGUACGGCACGUACCAGGCGGGACAGGGAGGAACGCUCGACGUGCCUGGGGCGAAUCCGUUCAAGGCGGGGCAGGUAAGAAAUGGAAACUACUAGAUCAACACAAUCGAGAUGUGGAAUUCCUGCUAACGGCACAGUAUUGAUCCAGCAACCCAUGACGUCCACAGGCAACAUGAAUUACAGUUGGUAAUCCUGCAAGGAACUUAACUAAAUGUCGAGCAAUCAGUAUUUAUUUCGUAUUUACAAGUAUCGAAAUAUCUUCCUACGAGAUAUAUUCCAAGAUAUUUAGGUAUAUUGUUUAUGUUGAUGUGCACCAACAGAUUGAUCGUUCAAUAAGAAGUAUCGAAAAAUCGAACUCCAAAAUAUGACCACUCACAAUAUUCGUACUGAAUAAAUGUAUAAUGUUAGUAUUUUUGAUUAUCCAGCCAUAUCAAUAAAACUACGUUUUUUAUCACUGUAGAAAAUCUCCAUAUUUUGGACAUGUAGGUAUACAGAUAUUUCAGAUUGAAUUUUGGGAUUUUGAGAACCCACAAAUUAUUCAUAAAUAAUGACCUCGGGUUAUCUGCUGAUUGAAAUUUUACCCUAAAUUGAUAGCAACUAGAAGUUAUAUAAUUUUUUCCACCACUCUAGCUCUAGAACCUCUCAUUAUUUAAUUCUUUCCAAGACGUAUGUUUUUACUACCAUGGCUACUAGAUUUCAAUUAGAAUUGAAAAGAAGUGUUUCCAUA